AUGAAGGAGCUAUUUUUGGCAGUAGCUGCGUUGAGUUUUCUGUCUUCCCUCGAUCGGCCGGAAUACAACCUUCCUAUAUUUCUGUUUCUCUAUUGGACGCAUGAUAGCCUUUCCGGGGACAAACGUUGGAGACAGCAGCGGUUCUUCUUAUCGCUCGUUGUUAGCUCCAUUUUACUUGAUCUUGUCUAUAUACUUUACUGGGCUCCGUUGAAGUUCAGUCGAAGCUGGGAAGCAUGGACGCAUUGGUCACAUGCUCUAACCAAGUGGACUAUGUCAGUGGCGGCAAUAAUUCUGCUGGUCAAGAUCGGUAUCGUGAUCUUUAUGUUCCGUCCGGAACUGAUGGUCCUUUGUGGUUUGAAGGCCAAGGAAGAUGUUAUUGAGGAGUACGACAUUGUCAAGUACCUGCCAUUACCUCAGUCCAAGGCCUGA